UCUGUCUCGGUCUCCCCCCAAAAGUGUGAAAUCGGUCGUCUCCGUCGUGCAGCUUGACCCUCUCUCGGCGAUACUUUUCCUAAGAAACCCGCAUAGAGCCACGACCGUCGCCGCUGGCCGGCGCGGCGACGUUGUUAUGGACGGCAGCAUCCUCUCAUCAAUCGGGAUCGAAAUCAUCGGCGUAAUGUCCCCAGUUUCCCUCUGCAUGCUCCUGGUCGUCCUCUUGGUCUAUGCCCUCUCUGCGCCGUCCUCCUCCUUAUUGGGCGCCCCCAUCCGCACCGCCGCCAAUCUUGUCUACCUCGAAAACCCCUCCGACUCUGCGACGCAGAAGCUCGAAGGUUCCUUGCUCAAUGCCCUCGUCUUCGUCAUCCUUGUUGCCCUCGUUACCUUCCUCCUUUUCCUCCUUUACUACUACAACUUCACCAAUUUCUUGAAGAACUACAUGCGAUUUUCUGCAUUUUUCGUGCUCGGUUCGAUGGGCGGAGCGAUCUUUCUCUCUGUAAUUCAGCAUUACUCCAUACCCAUUGACUCAAUUACUUGUUCUGUGUUGCUUUUCAAUUUCACUGUUGUGGGUGUUAUCUCGGUAUUUGGGGGAGGGGUUCCCAUAUUUUUGCGCCAAGUAUACAUGGUUCUUCUGGCGAUAAUUGUGGCCGCUUGGUUUACGAAGUUGCCUGAGUGGACUACUUGGUCUUUGCUUGUGGGAUUAGCUGUGUAUGAUUUGGUUGCCGUCUUGGCGCCUGGCGGCCCGCUCAAGAUUCUGGUUGAGCUGGCUAUGAGUCGGGGUGAGGAUCUUCCAGGUCUGGUUUACGAGGCUCGGCCGACGGUUUCUCGAGAUUCUCAAGCGCGAGGGGCUGUUAUGGGUCCUUUGGUUUUUGGGGUGUCGGAUUCUGGGUCUGUUGAGCUUCAGCAAGUUUCGAGGAACAGUGAGGACAGGAAUGAGAUUGCAGUUGCGGUGGGAACUCGCAACACGUCCCACCAAACUGCGGUUGUGGUUGAAGCUGAGGUUGGAAAUGAUCAAACGGAUGAUAGUGAGAGCGUCAGAGAUGAAGAUGAAACAUCCCCAUUAGUAGGUAAUUUGUGGGAAAGGCAUUCUUCGAGUGGAAGUUCAGAGUACUCCACGGUCGUUGUUCCUGCAAAUCCAGGCAGGGGAACUGGUGGCCGGAACUCUGAAAUUGUUGUUGAUGAGGAAACGUCUCCUCUUGUUGAAAUGUUGGGCGUGGGAGAUCAGAGAGAACAUAAUAGAAGGGAUGGUCUGGAAACCUCUAUGACAGCAGGGCGAGGUAUAAAACUUGGUCUUGGGGACUUUGUUUUCUACAGUGUUCUUGUGGGUAGAGCUGCAAUGUAUGAUCUUAUGACCGUAUAUGCUUGUUACCUUGCAAUUAUAUCUGGACUCGGGUGCACACUUAUUUUGUUGUCUGUGCACCGUCAAGCUCUGCCUGCUCUUCCUAUUUCUAUCACAUUGGGCAUCGCCUUUUAUUUCUUGACUCGGUUAUUAAUGGAACCAUUCGUUGUUGGGGCAUCCACAAAUUUGAUGAUGUUUUGAAUUCUAUUACUUACAAGUGAUACCUGCACUGAUUAGCAAUACUUUAGCUUUUGAUGACAUGAGAAUUUGAGAUUUCUAUACGCAUUGAACUAUCUUCCAUGUGCUCGUGUAACUUUCUCACUAAUGGAUUGGUAAAAGUAGCAGGUUCGAGACCA